AGCUGUGCAUGUUGGAAUGGCAGCUCAAACCAGGAUCAAAACAAGGGAACGAAUGAAGCGUAUAUUGCACAACAUAAUAUGUACGAUAACAGUAGUAUAGAAGAGUUGUGUAACAUCUACCUUGGAGAAGCGGAUAUGGAUAAGCAAGAACUAAAUUCUGUGAAUAAGCAACGUGAUUUAACGAGACACACUUCCACAGAAAAUAUACUCAGUUCGAUUGCUAAUGAUAUCCCAGAAAUGGUGCAAAUGUCUGAGUCACAUGUUAUGAGUUACAUUCCACUCCAUUCUAGUGAUGCCGAAAGUUGCACUGGAUAUUCUGAUCGUACCAGCAGCCAUAAUCUUGAAGCUACUAGGUGUUUGAAACGGAGAAGGGAGGAAACAGUACAACCAAUGUUGAUACAGCAGGAAAACUCAGUAGGACCAACUGCUGGUGGUUACACGGUAGUGUCACAAGCAAAAACAGCAACAAGCGUUUACGAGCCACAGAACAAGUAUCGAAGUGGAUCACUGCUACAAAGCCAGAUAUUACAUCCCGAUCAAGUUCAACCACCACAUCUUGAGCCGAUCAAUUCACCAUAUCCAAGUCGCGUUUCAUAUUCACAGUUUGAGACAACCAGUCCAUCACAUCUUGAACCAAUCGAUCUGCCCACUACUGAACAUUCAGCUGAUCCAAAAAAAGAUACAAGAAC